CCUACUGUGUGAUCAUUCAAAUGAAAGCUGGCUAUUGAGCAGUCGUCACUUGUUUCCUAGGUAGACAAUUCCAUGAAGCCUGGAGGACAAUCUCUUUACGCGCUCCAGCCUCACAAGCCUUUAUUUUAUAGAAAGUACAUUCUAUGACUGAAUCUGGCAGAAAUGUCAAUAUAUACCCAAAAGGAACCAAUGGACGAAAAACAUUACAAGAUGUUCUCCGCUGUUCACCAGGACUGUGGCGCAAGUUCCGUCAAUUGCGGGCCUCCGCUCAAUUACUUGUGACAAGACGCAGGGUAGUGCACAGAAUAUUUGUUCCGCGCAGAACGUUUUUCGUCCUCUGGGCGUUAACCAUUACUCUGUUUGUGUACCUUAAGUGGUAUUUUCCUGUGCAUGCCACAAAAACGACAACUUUCAACGGUCUGUUAGAAUUUAGAAAAGAUUGGUGCCGAGUACGCAGGGUUGCAACGGACUGGGAACUACUGGGAGCAACUUGUGAAGGGAACACCAAAUUUGGCGUGGAUUUACCCGGUUGGGGAAUCCAAAACAGGACCGACCCCACUAAAAGCAUUAUUCCUUUUAUGGACAUUAAACCUGCUGGGGAGUUUAGCAGAUUCAGCAUUCAGUCCCAGUCCUAUAACGGUCAACCCAAGACUAUAGGGGGCGACGAUUGGAGGGUUCUUAUAUGGGGACCAUCUGUGCUUGCACCGACAGUGAUUGAUCACGGCAAUGGAACGUACGAGGUGCUGUUUCUCAUCCUGGAGCCUGGGACCUACUUUGCGUCGAUCAUUUUGGAUUACUCGUUGUGUGACGGAAUGAAAAACCCUCCUGAUUACUGGUUUAUGCUCGGAAAUAUCCAUGGCAGCAGUCAACCAGAAGGAAGCUUGGUGGAGCGUUAUGUCUUUAUACGCACCCCUCUUUGGGAAGGAAUACCGCUGACCAUAACUGUUCCGUCACCAGCUGGGCCCACAAAAUACGAUGGUAAUGCUCUGGCAGCCGAUUUUAGAUAUUGCUCAUCUAACUGUUAAUUUCCCAGCAGUUUUAAAAUCAGCAACAGCGGGAUAACGUUAUCUUUACACUUUCAGAAUUUCUGAGUUAUGGACUGGGUAACCCUCCCUCUUGCGGCGAGGAUUGCAAGUUGUUAUGGGAUGGCUUCGGCCGCUGGUCCAACGGGAC